AUGAACAUGUUCAGUAGAGGAAGACUAGGAUCCAAGGAAAGCCUCAAUUGCACUUACUGGAAGAAGUCCCUCCUGGGAUGUGUGUGUCUACGUCUCAUGCAUCCAGGCCCUGCCCUAGCUGAGGAGCUAUAUGGUGACCACAUUGCUCUACAAUACCGGGUCAGACAUGGACCCUCCCUUGCUGGCAUGCUGGGCAGUCACAGGCCUCACCAGGCAUGGAUAAGGGCUGUCUGGAAGAUGGGGCAGAUGUUGGGGAUGUGGGGGGCAGAUGUUGAAGAUGUGGGAAGCAGCUUUGGGGGCCAGCUUUCAAUUUUGCAAGAAAAAAUAGAUCAUUUAGAACGCCUGUUGGCAGAAAAUAAUGAGAUUAUUUCAAACAUACGAGAUUCAGUGAUCAAUCUGAGUGAAUCAGUAAAGGAUGGUCAAAAAAAUCCAGAGGCUAUAAACUUCAGUCAAGGAUCUGUCUCUGAGCUUUUUCCUUCUGCUUCAGUUUUGCUUGCAGUUGAUUCUGAGGAUUGUUUGUUUGCUUCAAAAAGUGGAAGCCAUGGUUCAGGUGUACAGAUGUUGGAUGUCUAUGACAUUCUUCCUUUUGAUAAUCCAGAUGGUGGCGUGUGGAAACAAGGAUUCGAUAUCACGUACAAUGAAAAUGAAUGGGACAGUGAACCGCUUCAAGUUUUUGUCGUGCCUCACUCACAUAAUGACCCAGGUUGGCUGAAGACUUUUGAUGAUUACUUCCGAGAUCAGACACAGCAUAUCUUAAAUAAUAUGGUUAUAAAACUGCAAGAAGACAACCGAAGGAAAUUUAUGUGGUCUGAGAUUUCUUACUUUUCAAAAUGGUGGGAUGGAAUAGAUAGCCAAAAAAAGGAUGCCGUUAAAAGGUUAAUAAAAGAUGGACAAUUUGAAAUAGUAACAGGAGGAUGGGUCAUGCCUGAUGAAGCCUCUCCUCAUUAUUUUGCUUUAGUUGACCAACUGAUAGAAGGACAUCAAUGGCUAGAAAAGAGCCUUGGAGUAAAACCAAAGUCUGGUUGGGCAAUUGAUCCUUUUGGGCAUUCGCCAACAAUGGCCUACCUUUUGAAACGCACAGGAUUUUCCAAUAUGCUUAUACAAAGAGUUCAUUACUCAGUUAAAAAACAUUUUGCAACGCAGAAGACACUAGAAUUUUUUUGGCGACAGAACUGGGAUUUGGGAUCCAGUACAGAUAUCCUUUGUCAUAUGAUGCCUUUCUAUAGCUAUGAUGUUCCUCAUACUUGUGGUCCAGAUCCGAAAAUCUGCUGCCAGUUUGAUUUCAAACGUCUUCCUGGAGGAAGAGUAAGCUGUCCAUGGAGAGUUCCACCAGAAGCCAUUCAUGCUGGAAAUGUUCAACACAGGGCUUGGAUGAUUUUAGAUCAAUACAGAAAGAAGUCAAAGCUUUUCCGUACUAAAGUUCUGUUGGCUCCACUAGGGGAUGAUUUCCGCUAUGCUGAGAGCUCAGAAUGGGAUCAGCAGUACCAGAAUUAUCAGAAGCUGUUUGAUUAUAUGAAUUCUCAUCCUGAGUGGCAUGUUAAGGCCCAGUUUGGAACUUUAUCAGAUUACUUUGAAGCUCUGCGCAAAGAAAGCAGUUUGGGUGAAGAAGGCAGCAAUUCAUUUUUCCCUGUUUUAAGUGGAGACUUCUUCACCUAUGCAGACAGAGAUCAUCAUUACUGGAGUGGAUACUUUACAUCACGACCCUUCUAUAAACGACUGGAUAGACUCCUGGAAUCCUACUUACGGGCAGCUGAAAUCCUCUACUCCUUGGCUUUGGUACAGUCCAGUAGAUCUGAGAAGUUGAGUGUAUUUCCUUCAGUGGAUAACUAUAAAUUGCUGACAGAAGCUAGGAGGAACCUUGGACUCUUUCAGCAUCAUGAUGCUAUUACAGGAACAUCUAAAGAUUGGGUAGUUGUGGAUUAUGGCACUAGGCUUUUCCAUUCAAUAAUGAACUUGAAGAAAGUGAUAAUUGACUCUGCUCAUAUUCUUAUCUUAAAGGAUAAUCAUGCUUAUAAUUAUGACACAUCAACUCCAUUCCUGAAGAUGGAUGAUGUUCAGUCUUCCCAAGAUUCUUUGCCACGCAAGACGGUUAUAAAGCUGACGUUGCAACCAAGGUACCUUUUGAUAUAUAAUCCUACGGAACAAGAGCGAUUUUCAGUGGUUUCAGUCAAUGUGAAUUCACCCAGAGUGAAAUUAUUAUCUCCUUUGGGAAAACCUGUUACUGUCCAGAUUAGUGCUGUUUGGGAUGGAGCAACUACAGUAUCACAUGAAGCAUAUCAGAUCUUUUUCGUGGCGCAUCUACCACCUCUGGGGCUUGGAGUUUACCAGCUUUUGGAGGUUCAGAGUUCAGAAGCAGUUUUAGCAGACUAUAACAUAUACAUGAAGAACAGUAGGCAGGAGAAGCCAGACAGACUUUUCAACAUAAAAGAGAUGCAGAAUUCUGUGGAUAAUAUAAUCUUAGAAAAUUCUUACAUGAAACUAUGGUUUUCUGGAAUGUCUGGAUUACUGGAGAAAAUGAAUACCAAAGAUGAUGGUAAAAAUCAUCAAAUGAAGGUGGAGUUUGCCUGGUAUGGAACUACAAGUAACCGGGAUAAAAGUGGAGCUUAUCUCUUCUUACCAGAUGGAGAUGCCAAGCCUUAUAUUUUUACAGAUCCACCUAUCAUAAGAGUUGCUCAUGGAAGGAUUUUCUCAGAAGUUGUAUGUUUUUUCCACCACGUGACACAUACCAUGCGACUGUAUAAAGUCCAGGGUUUGGAAGGCCAGUCUCUUGAAGUUUCCAAUAUUGUGGAUAUUAGAGGAGAAUAUAAUCGUGAGCUUGCAAUGAGAAUUUCAUCUGACAUAAACAGUCAAAAUAGAUUCUAUACUGAUCUUAAUGGAUAUCAGAUCCAGCCCAGACUGACGAUGAGCAAAUUGCCUCUUCAAGCAAAUAUCUAUCCUAUGACUACAAUGGCUUAUAUCCAAGAUGUUGGCGUUCGUUUGACGCUUCAUUCAGCUCAGUCUCUAGGUGUUGCAAGCUUGAAAAAUGGUCAGUUGGAAGUGAUCAUGGAUCGUCGACUUAUGCAGGAUGACAACCGUGGCCUUGGACAAGGUGUCCAAGAUAACAAGAUUACAGCUAAUAUCUUCCGACUUCUGCUGGAAAGAAGACAUGGAACAGAUGUGAAUGAAGAGAAGGCAUCAGUCAGUUUUCCCUCACUUCUUAGCCAUAUGACUUCUUCUUUCUUAAAUCAUCCUGUAAUUCCAAUGACAACAUACGCAGAUUCAGGUGUCCCAGAGAUGCUAAAUACUUUUUCUCCACUCAUGUCAUCAAUGCCUUGUGACAUGCAUAUAGUCAAUCUGAGGACAAUCCAAUCAAAGGUAGAUAUUGAGCCGUCUGAUGAAGCUGCUCUGAUUCUUCACAGAAAGGGAUUUGACUGCAGAUUUUCAAACAGAGACACGGGUCUUCUCUGUUCCACUACUCAGGGAAAGAUAAAGGUGCAUAAACUCUUUAACAAAUUCAGAGUGGAAAGUCUUACACCUGCAUCUCUAUCUUUGAUGCAUUCACCUCCGGAUGCCAGAAAUAUAAGUGAAAUAAAUAUGAGUUCUAUGGAGAUAAAUACGUUCCGGAUUCGGCUAAGAUGA